AAUGUGAACACGUUUCUCCGUAAACGCAACGCAUCAAGUUUCUAUAACACCCAGGAGUAUUGACUGUUCGUACGUCACUACGAAGAAGCGACAACAUGCGGCCGAUCUUGGUUCUGUUCUGUCUUCUGUUGGCGCUUGGGCUCACAGCUGCUUGGCAUUGCUACAAUGGAUCGACAUACAAUGCUAAAGCUAGAAAGUGUAUUUGCCACCCCUGGAAUUUUGGUAAAACCUGUAUACAUUUAAUGAUAUGGGGCCCUUCGAUCCCCGUUGAAACACGACGACAGACCUACGACGUGUGUAGUUUGCCAUAUGUGCCGACGUUCUGCGCGAAGACAUGUGGAACAUGCAGUGGAUCCAAGUGUAAAGACAAAUAUCCGAAAAGGUGUCUAAGAAUGAUUCCUCUCGGUUAGAGACUAUAUACUAUGCGAAAGAAAACUGCUCGACUGUUUCCCACAAGA